AAUUAGGCCGACAAGAUGAAGAGGCGGGCACAGACUGACUUGUCGCCAUUUGCCAUGACAUCUGCCUUACCAAAACCGGCGCUCCACGGGAUCGCCGUUUCUUCCCCGCAAGCAAUGUAGAAGUCAGACGUGAUUUGAUGCGGCGGUUGAAUUAGGCCCGCCAUCCAGGGGAUUUCAGUCCAAGAACGUAAAGGAAGAAGGCGGGGAGGCGGCGGCGGCGGCGGCGGCGGCGGCGGACGAGCACAAUGGGGAGGGUGUUUCUAGUUGAAUUGGGUGGCAGAGGUUACAGGUGCAGGUUCUGCAACAGCCCUCUUGCUCUUGCUGAUGACGUGCUCUCUAAGUCCUUCAAUUGCCGCCAGGGAAGGGCAUUCCUUUUCAGCAAUGUGGUGAAUAUAACAGUUGGAGCUGAAGAGGAAAGAUUGAUGAUUUCUGGUAUGCACACUGUUGAAGAUAUUUUCUGUUGCUGCUGUGGGCAAAUCCUCGGUUGGAAGUAUGUGGCUGCACAUGACAAGAACCAAAAAUACAAGGAAGGAAAAUUCGUUCUCGAGAGAUGGAGGAUCAUGGAGGAGGUCACGGACGAUUUUAGUUUGGAAGCCCACCCCGGUUUGAGCGACGCAGAGAACGCGUAGCAAGUCGUCGCGUUUUCUCU